AUGACAGUUAAUCAAGUCAAGCCAGGUUUGAUCGUAACGGCAAGACAAACAUAUUACCCAAUUGAAUUAUCAAAUACUGAAUUAUUAGCUCAUUAUGAAAUGAUCCAAGAAUACCAUCAAAGUAUUUCCACAAAUAUACUAAACCAAUCUGCUAAAUAUAAGCCUGAUAUUAAAUUGAUAGAUCAACAACCUGAAAUGAACCCUUUCCAAACUAGAUCCGUCCUGAUCACGUAUCUAUAUGAGAUAUCAGUUAUGAGUCGUGUUUCAGAUGGUAUCUUCUACCAUGCUGCUAGGCUAUAUGAUCGUUACUGUUCUAAAAGGGUUGUGUUAAGAGAUCAAGCCAAAUUCGUGGUGACUACAUGCUUAUGGCUGGCUGCAAAGACAUGGGGUGGGUGUAAUCAUAUUAUCAACAACGUCUGUGUGCCGACAGGUGGUAGAUUCUAUGGUCCAACUAAAAGGGCAAGGAUCCCAAGACUAUCAGAACUAGUCCAUUACUGUGGUGGUCCAGAUUCAUUCGACGAAUCGAUGUUCAUCCAAAUGGAAAGACACAUUCUGAAUACUUUGGAUUGGACAGUUUAUGAACCAAUGAUUAGUGACUUUGUCUUAAAUGUAGAUGAAAACUGUCUCAUACAGUAUGAAUUAUAUAAAAGACAAUUAGAAGCCAAAAAAAAUUCUUCAGAGAAAAGACAAUCACAAUCUUCACAAGACAGUGAUGCUACUGUUGAAGACUCCAAUAGCGAGGAAAUGGUAGUUGAAGAUCAAGAUCUCGAGAUGAAAAUUCAGUUGAUUCACCUAAAGAGGUUUCUAAUAGAUUUAGCAACAUGGCAAUAUGAUCUUUUGAAAUUCGAGCUCCACGAGGUUUCUGAUGGUAUUUUUGCAAUGAUCAGACAAUUCACUAUGCAAGAACAAGGUCCAUUAAUCAUGACACCAGUACCAAGUAAAGAUAACCAAUUACAGAUUUUAAAAAUAUUUAUCACUGCGGUAGUGAAUACACCAAAUUCAUUGUAUGAAAUAUACAACGAUCAUGAUGGUAUCAACGAGUUCAUCAAUAAUGUCACUAACUAUCACACAGAAUUGCAAAGAAAGAUACAGUUGGCAACUUCUAUGGAUGUUAGUAGAAGAAAUAUUUCUAUGAAUAGUAGUUAUUUCGACCAUUCUGCAUAUAUGAAUUCACCAACAUGUUCAACACAAAGUUCAACACCAUUGAGAAACACGAGUGCAUUUUCCGAAAACAGUGUUUUCAGUACAUCAGUUGAACAGUCAUCACCAAUUACACCACAGAACCAUGGGUUUGGCCAAUUCAUAAUUGAUAAUAAUAGCACCAAUGGUAGUGUCAUCAGUCUAAGUAGCAUUCCGCAAGUACAAAGAGGAGGGGCAGGACCAGGAGGGGCCAAUGGAAACUGCAUGGCUAAUGAAGAAGUACUCUGCAUAAAACAAAACCCAAUCUAUAAGAAAUGUGAUUCAAAUAAAGAAAACAUGUUACCGUUCCCACAACAGUGUCAACAGAAACCACGAAUAGUAAACGGAAUAUUCUCAUCGCCACACAACUUGAGCUACAGCAGCAAUUCAAGUGACAGAUCUUCAAUAGGUUCAUUUGCAUAUUCUAGUAGCAACGGCAUGAACUGA